GAGAGGACAAAACGUGACUAGAAUUGACAGACGCGGAGAGACUAGGGAAUUGUAGAGGGGUUGGGUAAGACAAUCACCCUCUUCAAAGCUGAUCACUGCUCCAUCCAUCACCAAGUAAGGACUCUAACCUAUAAAUCUCAAAUUACCAGGAAAGGACAUAUCUCUACUUUUUAGCUUAAAAAAAUAAAUAAAUACUACUCAUCGGUAAUCAGAUGAUUGACGUUAACGACACCACUGCCUUUCCAUGUGGUCUGGAUCCACCCUACUACGCAAACAUGAUAGGUAUCGUGGUGGACUGGAUCAUAUUCCUCAUAGGAUUUCCUGCCGUCUGCCUGGCCAGUUAUGCCCUGUUCAGUUUGGUCAAAGCCGGCCGAGUGGCUCCUGUCUACGUGAUCAACCUGCUCAUCUCAGACCUUCUCCAGAUCACCAUGACACUGGUCUUCAUUUUCAGUAGGUUCUUUGACACCACAUGUUUGCCUUUCAUGAUGGCCCGCUGCCUGUCAAGGAUCUUUGUUCGCCUGGGCCUCUGCACCAGCCUGGGCUUCAUGUUGUUGAUCUCCCUGGAGAGGUACAUGGUGGUGGUCUGUCCUCUGUGGUACCGCCUCCGACGCUCAGUCAAAAACUCCACCCUGGUCUCUCUGAGCCUCUGGGCACUGGCACUGGGUUACGUUACCUUCGAUUACAUAUUCUUGAUCGACAUGCGGUACUCACUGACGAUUUUCUCUGCCAUCUCCCUGUUGCCUGCCCCUUUCCUGGUGUGGCUGUUCUUGGUCACUCAGAGGGCCCUCUCCAGGAGUAUGGCUUUCAGGGGGGCAGAAAGAAGGAGAAGGAUUCUGGGAACUCUGGGUCUGGUCCUGGGCAGUUAUACACUCCUCUUCCUCCCGUACAGCAUCAGGAACCUGUACUACUCCAUCAAGCCCCAUGCCCCCUCAGUGUCAGACCCAGUCAGGGACCUGUCCUCUGUGAUAACCAGUGCCUUGUUGUACCUAAGCCCUCUCACUGACUGCUUUCUCUAUAUCUUCAUGAGGAGGGACCUCAGAGACACUGUGGAUGCUUUCCCCUGCUGCAGGAGGCUGCUCAAUGUGGGAGAUGGUAACAGGAGCAGUAGACAGACUGAUCAGGGAGACACACAGACUGGCCCAUGACUAACCAGUUGAUCGUGUCUGAGAACAUUAUUUUGUGCAAUGAAAACAUCCAAUGUUUCACUCACAUUGCUUUCUGCUAUGGUACCUUCCUAUCCUCUCAUAUUUGUGUGGUUAAUUUAUUUUGUAUUUCUAUGUGGGCACCAAGUUCUACAGUACGGGGGGGAACUGUCUCAGCACUGCACCAACUUAUGCAGAGAAAAAAAACAUUUCAUAUUUGCAAAAAUAGACAUUUAUUUUGUAUCACAAAAACACUUAAAUACUAUAACAAGGUGACAGUCAAUGUAUCAGAAAUGUUAAUAUACAAUGUCACAUGGAACCUACCUACAGUGGGGCAAAAAAGUAUUUAGUC